AUGAUGAACCUCCCAAGUACAUUCCUCGGAAACACCGAAGCACGCAUUUGGCCACAAAUUCUUAGAACAAUGGUCUCUAGUCUACAACGAACUGUUGAAAAUGACGCCCUUUCGCAGGAAACACGUGUGAAUGCUGCGUGGGCUCUCACGAACAUGGCGCAUAUGUCAGAAGAAAUGAGCCACAUAAUUGGCAGUCGGAAUCGCUCGCUGUCGAAGAAAUCUCCUGUCGAUAUUAGACGUGAUGCCGCUUGGAUUUGUUCGAAUAUUGCAGCCAGCGUGCACGAACACGCCGAUUCGCUCAUCAAGAAUCCGGAAUUGUAUGCAAUGCUCUUUGAAGGUGCAGAAUCCUCAGAGAGUGAAAUCAAUGAGGACUGCAUGUGGGCAAUUAUUAAUUUGCUCAUUGGCGCCAGCCGUGACAAGAUCACACUGAUGAUAGGAUCUGGUGUGUUGUUCCUCUUCCCAAAUCUUUUGUCAACAUCAGAUUUGGGACUAACCCGACGAGCAUUGCGUACGAUGCUUUUUCUACUAACUGAAUACCCGGAACACGCUGUCUAUGUUUACGACAUGAAGAUGUUGGAUCUGAUAAAACCUAGUCUGCUUGUAAACGAUGUAAAUCUACAGGAGUUGAAAGGCGAGGUUGAGAACUUUAUAAACGCCAGAGCGAUAUCAGCUUUACCACCGUGUACAAUCACAUUUGUAGACUGA